AUGCUAACUUUGUAUCAUAAUGCCCCAAAGCAGACAAGAGCAUUGGAUGCUAUUCGAAAGCUCAAGGCUUAUUUCGAAAGACAGGGCAUCAAUGAGAAAGAGCCCUUGCCAAAUAUGCAAAAGAUAGUAGACUACUGCCUCAAAUACCCUCGUUUAUUGAGAAUCCGUGAUUCACCAUUAAAGUACUUACACGACCCUGAUCUGCCUUACACUGUUGUGCACGACUGGUAUAUUGGCAUUGCAUUGGACUACCUUGAAACAUCUAUAUUCGUAUUAUUGGAGCAAUGGAAAUCAGAUUACAUGAAAAAACGAACCGAUAAAAAGCAGAUUGCUCAACUGUUUGCCAAGGCUGUCAAUGAUAUUUAUCAGUGCUAUGAACACACUGGAUUAGCGUUGAGCAUCCCAUUUCCAGAGGGAUGUGCUUUAGCAGCAGUCGAGUUGAAAGAAAAAGUCAGAAACGGAAGCAGAGCAUUGAUUAAAUCCAAGAUAACAUAUUAUUUUACUGAUGCCAGAAACACAUUCUACACCUUGACCAUGCAUCGGAUUGAAGCCUUAUUCAAAGCAAAUCAACCAAGCAGCUCGUUCGCUUACCUCUUUUCACCCCACAUUAUGAAGUUUAGUGGUGAAGAAUUAGAAACCAAGGUGCAAGUGUUCCUGGAUGUACUGUUGCCUAAAUUAGUAGAUGUGUUCAAUUUGCCUGACGAUAUCUUGGACAACGCUCUCAACUGCGAAGAUGUCAAUGAUCAAGACAACGCGGUUGACAUGAAUAGCUGGCUGAUGAGCACAAGCAGCGAGGACGAGGAUAAAUCAAAUGACAGCAAGGAAGCACUGGAGGCGCAUAUUCAAACUUUUAGCACAGUGUGCGAGCAAUUGAACAACUUGAAUUUGACGCCCAAUUGGACCGAAAUUCUGAAAGAGGCAGUGCAGAAACGACUGCAAUCGAUAGAUUGGGAGGAGAGCGCUGACGUUUCCAUUGUGCAAAUCCAGCUGAAGUGGCUUCAUGUCCUGAUUCUACCUUGGUUGUCUCACCUGAUACCCAAAACAGACAAUAUCGAUACGAAUUGGUACAACUUUCUGCGAGAAAAAAUCAAGGCAGAGCAUGUCCUGUAUGAAGUCAUCUACCAAGCCAAGAUACCCGAGAUUUUUGACAUUGUGUUGAAUUAUCCGGACACUGAAUGCAUUAUCAAAGAUCUUCAUAUUAUUGCCACCAAAAGAGGAUUGCUGGAAGACUUGAGAGAUAGCCUGAUGCGAGAAAUCCAGAGUAGAUUACUUCAUCCAGGUGCUUCAGCUGUGGAUAUUUUGCAAUAUCAUAUCGACUGCAUCAGAAGCGUUUCCGUCAUAGAUCCAUCUUGUGAUAUCAUGGAGUCCAUCAUCGAGUUAAUUGAGCAUUAUCUAAAGACAUUCCGGAAAGAUGUUACUGCUGGUGUUGUUCAUCUUAUUCGCAAUGCUCGCGAAUACAGCAAUCUGCAGGUAAAAGACGACGAUAUUUAUGUCUUUAAGAAAUCCGAGCUCAACAACGAGGAAACGCCUGUCGAUGCAGUUGUUGUUAAGGAGGAUAAACCAGCUCAAUUAAGGAGAUUGCAGCAGAAAUCCAAAGACUCAAUUGCCAUGCUGAUAAGUGCGUGCAGUUCACUGAAGGACUUUAUCAAAGGCUACAGCGAUCAGCUAGGACAUACAUUGCUUUCAACCAGCAACUACGACACAAGCGAAGAAAUUCUGAGAUUGGAACUGUUGAAGCGAAAUUUCCCUCCCGACACUUUUCUUCGGUGUGAUAUUAUGCUACAGGAUGUUGCCGACAGUCGAAGAUUAGAUACAUCAGUUCAUUUGAACAAUGGCGUCAACCCCAACGUUCAUGCCAUUAUUGUUUCUAGAAAAUACUGGCCGGGCGGCAAUGACGAAGACGAGGAAGACGAUCUCGACGAUGAUUAUGAUAUGGAAGAUGCCAGUAACGCAAGUAUCAAACUAUGGCCUGGUCAGCAAGAGUCCCUUGAGGAGUAUGACCAGGAAUUCAGAAAGAUAAAGAAAUCAAGAAAGCUAAAGUUCUUGCCAACCAAAGGAUCUAUUCGAUUGAAUUUGGAGUUUCAGUCGAGAACUCUUACUGUUGAUGUGAGUCCUGAAGCUGCGACUAUCCUCAGUCUGUUUGAAGGAAAAGAACAAACUUACUCUAGAAAUGACAUCGUGACCAAAGUGAAAGUCGAUAAGGCAGUGAUUGUUGAGUGCUUGGAGUUCUGGAUGAAAAUGGAGGUGCUAGAGCUGUCAGCAGAUGGACACUACCAACUUAUCGAAGAGUAA